AUAGCAUUCAAAGCGAUUUUAUUCAAUACUUUUAAUACUUUAAUAAUUCAACACUUUAUUAUUUUUGGCAAAUUCUUGACAAACAUUUUUUUGUUUGUUUUUAAUUAAAUACUUGACUCGAGUUGUAUUAAGCGAAAGAAAUGGACAAAAGAGACAAUCUAUCGGUAGUUAUCCAUAAGAAGGAGGACUUGAGAGUAGAGCAGUCGGCGCUGCCAUCGGAACCGGGAUCUUAUGAGGUCCAGUUGGCGUCCAAUACUGUGGGCAUUUGUGGCUCAGACGUGCACUUCUGGAAAGACGGCUGUAUUGACAAGUGGGUGAUUGAGUCACCGCUGGUCACCGGACACGAGUCCAGCGCCACUGUCAUCAAAGUGGGCUCUCAUGUCAAAAAUCUCAAAGUGGGAGACCGGGUGUCCGUUGAACCGGGCGUCGGAUGUAUGGCCUGUCAGGUGUGCAAAGACGGCUUCUAUAACCUCUGCCCCGAUGUCCUGUUCUUUGGUGUUCCGCCCACUGGAGGCUCUCUUCGCCGAUACUAUAACCACAGCUCAGCCUUUUGUCACAAACUGCCGGAUAACAUGAGCCACGGCGAGGGCGCUCUGAUGGAGCCGUUGGCCGUUGCCGUAUACGCCUGUAAAAGGGCUGGCAUUACAGAGGGCUCGGGUCAGAGGGUAAUGGUGACCGGCGCCGGACCGGUGGGCCUAUUGUCAGCGUUGGCGGCCAAAGCGAUGGGCGCUCAAGACGUUUGCAUUUUAGACAUUAACGAGAGUCGACUGAAAUUCGCUCAACAAAUGGGAAUCAAUAAGACAAUACUCAUUGACACCAAACUGGACACCGAAUCGUUGGCCAACGAAGUGAUCGCAAUCCUCGGCGACAGUCCAGACAUAACCCUCGAGUGCAGUGGCGCCGAGUCUUCACUUAAUUUAGCCAUUUAUGUCAAUAAAGACGGCGGAAAUGUAAUUAUGGUUGGAAUCAAUCCACGAAAAGUGUCGGUCUCUCUGUCCAGCGCCGCGUGUCGUGAAGUGAACUUAUUGGGCAUUAAACGGUACCGACACAGUUUCCCUUUGGCCAUAUAUCUGGUUUCUUCGGGCAAAAUAGAUGUGAAGCCAUUAAUUACACACAAAUAUCGCAUUGAAGAGGCGUUGGAAGCGUUUCAUACGGCCAGCUCUCCCACGAGCGGUGCUAUCAAAGUACAAAUUGAGUGCUUUGAACAGUCUUAGAGUGCUUUUUUCUAACCAUAUUGC